CAAAACUUGUAAAUACACAAUUCGUACUCCAAUACUCAUAAUCAAAUUUACGUUGAAAUACACCAAAUGUGUUAGUCAGAAAAAUUGCUGAAAAUAAAUUCAGUACCAACGAAUUGGCUGACACCGCAUGUUGUGAAAUAUUGAAAUUUUCUAUAAAACCGCGCAUUUGAAGCGAAUCUGUUUAUUGUGGGAGUAAGGGUGUUGCUGAAAGAAUAUGAAGUUGCUUGUAAUAUUUUUCGCUGCGCUGCUUACAGUGCAAGGCAAGGAUUUAGGCAGACAUCACGUCUAUGAAUACAGCGAUGAAGACUAUGCAGCUGAGCUUUCACCGCGUCUAGUUUUAUCGCAUCGUCCAGGUAAGGUUGGCGGAUUACAAAGAUAUGUGAUCCUAACCCAAUAUGGACAAAGAUCAGCGCCAGACUUUGUGUUAGAGUCACCAACAACAGAGAGCAGUAUUGUUCCUGUCGCACCAACCGCCGGCUCGUUUGUACAUCAACAGCGAGAGCUUCCACUUGCAACUGCCGCCACUAAGGGUGUCUCAGUGGAAACUAGUGCCGUUGCUAACAAUGUCGUCGUUGAUGGUGAAGAGAAGGUGGUGCACGUAGUGCUGGCAGCACCAGCAGGAUUUUCGGCUCUGGAAGUGCCAGCAGUACCUGAAGUACCAUAUAUCUAAGUACAUCCCGAUGUUGUGAGCUAACCAAAGGGAUCCGCUAAGUCAAACUAAGGACUUAUACCUUUAAACGAGGAAAAACUUUGUAACUGUUUGAUAUUUGUUAAUAAAGAGUGAAUUCCGAGACCGGAGUGCAAAGUCACUGAAAU